AUGGUUCGUGUAAAUAUUAAAUUAGAUUCCGUUAAAAUUAAUAAUGUGGAAAUGUACAUUCUCAGUGAACUCUCAGGAUGUGAUAUAUUAAUAGGACGCAAUGUGACUGAAGGGCUCGACCUAAUGUAUUCAAGAAUAGGUGAAAACCUUAUGUUCGAAUAUGCGAAAAACGUCGAAAGUGCUUGCAAUAUCAUGGAUGAGUUAAGGCUUGAUUUUGACACAGACUCUCAUUACGAUGAAAUAGUAAGUCCUCUCACCAAACUGUUAAAGAAGAAUGUCCCCUGGGUCUGGAAAACUGAACAUGAUCGUGCUUUUAUGACCUUAAAAGAUGCACUAAUUUCGGAUAACAUACUUAUGUUGUUCGACCUUACCAAAGAGUGCGUUUUAUAUACUGACGCAAGCAGGGACGGAAUUGCUGGUAUCUUGAUGCAGGUUUCAGACUCUGUAAAGAAGCCCAUUCAUUACUAUAGUCGUCAAACCACAGACGAUGAAAAAAUUCGUUUUGCUUUAAAUAAAAAGGAGAUAAUACCACGAAUCGCUAGAUGGGUCUUGGCGACUCAAGAAUUUUCUUACGAUAUUAUCCAUAGGGAGGGUUAUCGCAUACAACACGUAGAUGCAUUAAGUAGGAACCCUUUACAAUCUGGAAGUAAGUCUGAAGCUGAGAUAAUUAUGCCUAUCCCGGAAGCAGAUUGGCUAUUCUCUGUUCAGCUUCAGGAUUCGCGGAUAGCUGAUAUCAAAAAGUCUUUAGAAUCUGGUGACGCGCAUAAAUAUAAAGAUAUAUUUAACAAAUGUGAACUAUUAGGUAUUGCCCAUGACGAAGUGGAACGGGAAAGCAGAUGCCAGUCAUCCACUAGCCACAACAUAGAAAAUUCCGAUAUCGAUGAUGAGAUAUCCGUCGGCGAUAAUCGAAGUGAGGCGUCCACACCGAGAAAGAGGCGUUUUGGUUUCGAAAACGAACCCGACUUUUACCAGAAAAAAAUUGAUACUGAAGACAAUGAAAGGUCGUCACCAAUGGAAUAUAAUUUAAAUCGAUUACAAAAUUCUAGUUACAACUCACCUUUCAAAGAAGAAGAAAAUGAAUACGACCGUACUGAAGAAUCUAUGAAGUUGUAUGACAACGGACUCUUUCAUUUAUACAGAACAGAAAGAGAUGGGAAUAAGGAUGAGGCAAAGGAGUCUACUUUUGGAAUGGCUGGGGGUCUGUCCGAAGGUAUCUACGGUAGAUCUAUGGAUCUAUCCAAGAGUUCAUUCCAGUCGCAGUUGCUAGCUGGGUUUGCGUCUGUGAUGGCUGGAAGUUCCCAAAGGGAAUCACAGGAGGCCGCGGAUCGACAGCAACCUAAAUCUGCCACGCCAACAACGGGUCGCAAGCCGCGUAGACGUCGCACAGCGUUCACACACGCGCAGCUCGCUUAUCUGGAGAGGAAGUUCCGCUGCCAGAAGUACCUUAGCGUGGCGGAUCGUGGAGACGUCGCCGACGCGCUUAGUCUCAGCGAGACGCAGGUGAAGACUUGGUAUCAAAACCGACGAACAAAAUGGAAGAGACAAAACCAACUGCGACUCGAGCAGCUACGAGCUCAGGCGGCGAGUGGCGAACGGGAGUUAUCCGCGCACGCACUACCGCUGGCCUGCGCUCUGUUACCUCCUUACCCGGCGUACAUGCACUGCCAUUUGUAA